GGGUCCGUGAGGGAGAGAGGCGGGGGCGGUGUUGGCUUCACCCUCGGUUGGAGCUGACUCCUGCUGGUUCCUCCUCUGCAAGGGCUGACCAAAGGCCACCAGCAGCACCUCUAGAGCUGGAAGCAGAGCUGCAGGAAGCCAUGGCAGGCAGUUGCCCUCCUUCCCCGGGGCUCAGUCAGGGAUUCAGGCAGGAGCCAGUCCCCAGGAGCAAGAGGCUGUCGGACUCUGCGGUGCAGGUGCAGGCCCUGCAGUCAGCUAAGAAAGCCUGCGUGCUGGGCCGUAGCUGCAGCACUCCAGAUCCAGCAGGGAAUCCUCUGUUCCCUUCCCCAGGCUCUGGCUGCUCCCUUUUUCAGGAUGAGAGUGGCCAGGAUGAGCUGGGUGCCAGUUUCUCUGUCUCCAAGUACGACGACGUGGCCAUUUCCCUGGACAUCAGCAGGUGUUUCGACGACAGCGAGCUGGAUGAUUCCCUGCUGGAGCUGUCAGGCAGCGAGAAAGGGAAUUCUCCCUUUGAUUACACCGAGGAAGAGAUCCAGGAAAUGCUGGCAGAUGAUUCCAUGGAAGCUGAGCAGCAGCAGCACCUCGCUGGUAAAAGCCAAAGUGCGAGCGGGGAGAGCGACAAGGCUGAGAGCACCGCGGGGACGUCGGUCAGUGAGGUCACAGAGGAGCCAAAGGAGCCUCAGGGGUAUUCUUCAGGCAGCUCUGGCUGUGAUCCUGCCUUUUUGACUGCUCUGGAUGGGGCCCAGCUGCAGCAGGAGCUGGACCUUGACCUGCAGGAGCUGCUGAGCCUGAGCCCGUUCGCCGCCUGCUCCGAUGAGGCUCUGGAGGAAAAUAACCUGGAAAGGGAAACUUUGGAUGCAAUGAUAGAUGAUUGCUUGGGAUAUUCCACUGCUGCUGGGAGGUGCAUUCCUGAGAAAUCCGCAGAAGGGGUGAUGCCUAAAGGCCAGGAAAGCCUGGCUCAGGAUUGCCCAGGAAGAUCUGUGCCCUCAUCUGACCUUCCCUGUGGCCAGAGCACAGGGGAUGACAGUCCAGCAUCUGUGUUGCCACCAAAAAAAGAACUUCCCAAAGCAGCAACGAGCUGUUCCUCAAGGAAAUCAGGCUCUCCAGAGGAUGCUGAAGGGGAACCCACAGGAGCUGAGCAGCCACCAGGCAGCACUAAAUUAAGUGACACAACUGUAGGCCAGACUGGGCAGGAAGAGCCACCCAGAGGGAAAAAAAGUUGCAAAUUAAUUCUUAUCCCACAGAAGGAGGAAGACAGGUUGAAACAACGGACCUGCAUUUUAGAAGCACAGCCUGAGCAAAAGAAACGUGUCUCUCCAGGCUGUGCCAGUCCAAGUGAGGAAAAGUGUGGCUAUUACCUCAGACUCCGAAAUCUGCCAUCCCCCAGGCCUGUGUGUCCCAGCCCUCCCCAGUUCCGCCGCACCUGGGGCCCUUUUGGCAGGAGCAGGUCGGAGCCUCCUCUGUGCACCAAGAAAUCCUGAGCCCUGGAGAUGAUCCUUAAUCCCUUCCUGAUGCUGAGAACCCCUCCCAGCCUUCCAUUAAAUGUUUUCCUCGUUAUUGUUGGACUUUAAUUGGAGAGAGAGGAGCUCCCCACGCAUUUUACAACUUGUUAUGGCACGAGAAGAGGAGCCCACCUGCAUCCUGUGAGUUGGAGUCCUGUGGUAUGGAUGGGAGGGGUGGGAAGGAGAGCAGGGAAAAGGUUUGUUCCAUCCCACUGCUGCUGUCACCUGGAAUGGGGGAGGGAUGCUGAAUUUUGGGGUGUCCAAACCCUGGGAUGACUUGUAGGAUCAGGGAGGUAUCACUGGAGGAAAUAUCACACCCUUGGGGUCACCUCAGGCCAAGUCCAGGUCAUAGGUCUGGAAUUAAAGUGUAUCUCUGGAUUUAUCUCUCCAGCCAAAACCUCCUGCAUUCACCUCUCCCAUGGAGGUGCUUGGAAUUGCAUCCUUCCUGAGGCUGUGCUCUAUUCCCAGCAUUUUCCAGUUCACUCAGCUCCUUUCCCAAGCUGCUCCUUCCCUGCUGGGGAGGGCUUGAGCUGCCUCAGAGCUCCAGGGACAUGGGCUGGUGAGCUGAGGCUCUGAAGCAGCUCAUUCCCUGCUUUCCAGCUGCCCUUUCCUGCAGGAAGCAGUGAAUCCCAGCCUUAACUCUUAAUUUCUGCACCACAUCCUUCCCUGGGGAUGCAGGAGAUGAAAGGACAUAACCUGAAAGGAGCAUCCCUAAAAUCCAUGUGAUGUUUCCUGCCAGCCCUGCUGCUCUUUCCCCGAGUGUGGAUUCACACAGAGCUGCUUUUGCUGCCUCUCUCUGCUCUCCCAGCAUGGAUCCCAUCCCUGGAUGUAAUUGCUUGUGGGUUUUAUGGGGUGUGUAGGAACAUUGGCACAUUGCUCAGCAUUCCCAGGGGUUUUAAUGAAGGGAGCCCCAGGGGAAUGUGUGGGAGCAGGGAUCAUUCCUGCUCUGUUUGCUAAGAUCCAGCGAUUUCAAAGAGCAAAAAGGCCAACUGGUGGUUCUUCAGCUGGGAAAGAGGCAAUUAUUUCCUGCUGACCUCUCACUUGCCUAUAAAAAUGGGAUAUUAAUAGGCCACCAGCCCCCUCCUGCCCACCUCUUGGCUCUGUGGCUGAUUCCUCAGGGAGCAGCUGCCCAAACGUGCUGGAAAUGCUGCCAGAGAGUGGAGCCUUUUCAGGGAGCACAGAGACUGUGGCCAGCCAGCCAUUGAGAAUUCCCCAGGGCAGAAGGAAGGAAUAUUUCUACCCUGGAGAGUCCCAGAGACAGACAGGAUUCUCUCAGGUCUCCCCAGUGCCACAAUUCGGGUUUAAAUGCUGCCAACUCAGAGCAGAGUCGUUCCCAUCAUGACAUGUUUUAUCCAAGAUCCAAAUAUCCACAGAGAACUGGGUGCCAAGGGCUUUUCUAGCUCCUCUUAUCCCACACCUCUGUAGUGUCAGAGGGGGUGAGGAAGCCUGGGAAUUUCCUGGAUGCUGACACCAGCCCUCUCCUGGGAUUUUGCUGCCUGCUCCCAGCCCAGCUCUGCUCUUGAGUCCCGCUUUUUACUGCACACAUAAAGAUUUGCAGCUUCAUUGCUCAAUACAUUCCUGCUUUUAACUGAAUUAUACUCGAUCCAGGCCCUAAAUCAGCCUCUGGGCACUUCAUAAACCAGCAAGAGUUUGUCUAGCAAUGAACAUCCAAAGGGUGAGGAUGGAUCCAGGACCAGAACAUGGAUGGCACUGGCCUGGAGUGCGUGGUUAAUAACUGCAAGCACGUCCCUCUGUGAGGAAUCUCCCUUGUCCACAAGCACAUUCCCAGCAGGAAAACAGCGUUUGGAAGAGGAUGGCUCAACCUCGGCUGCCUCUCACAGCACCAUCCCUGCUGAGAGCCUGACACCAGGGGUGAGAAACCUCCACAUCCCAAUUAAAUCCCUCCCACG